AAAGAAAACCCGUUUGAAGUGAUGAGCCGCAGGGUUCCAGCUCGUUGCAUCCUCCCCUGAUGACCUCGGGGCACCGAUCGUCCGCCUGGGUGAGGAGCUGGGAGCCUGAAGUGGGACGGGCAAAGAGGGGAAGCUCUGGCCCCGUCCCGUCCUCCGCUCAUUCACGCAGGAGCUGCAGCCCAGGUGGAAGAGCUCCGCGCUCGCACACGCGCUCCGAAACCGCCGUUCAGCAAAGCGCGUGAGGGAGUUUCCUCCUUUUAACGCCUUGAGGAUUAUUUUACCUUCACAGACGCCAGAUUAAGGCCAGGUGGGUUCCACAAGGUCCAGCAGCUUGCUCUGGCUUGCACCAAACCGGUGCCAAACAGAAAUAAGAGCGAUUCAGCCCCAUCUGUGCUCGCUCGCGCCAGGCCUCCCGGUUGACCCGCUCCUCCAGCCCCGUCGCAUCAUGACCAGCGCUCCGCCCGCCGCCGUCUGCCUCGUGCUCCUCCUCUCCUGCGCUUGCUGGGCCAAGCCCAGCGGAUCAAAGAACAAGAAGCCAAAGCAAGUGGUUCCAGACAUCGCGUGCGACCUGCGCGGGGGACGGAUCAACAUGCCGGAGUUCAUCGUCAAGUGUCCCGCACACUGUAAAGAGUCCAAGCACAAGGUGUACGGAGCAGGCGUGUUCGCCUCCAUCUCCAGCAUCUGCAACGCCGCCAUCCACAGUGGCGUCAUCACCAACGCCGGGGGCAAAGUGAUAGUGAAGAAGGCGCCGGGGCAGGAGAGCUACAAAGGGAGCAGCUCCAACGGCGUGCGCUCGCUGUCUCUGCCCAAGUGGAGGGAGUCCUUCGUCGUCGCAGCGGGGAAGCCCCAGAAAGGCGUCGUGUACCCGCCUACUCUGGACUACAUCCCCACUAAAGCCACCUACGUCCCAGGUCAAAGGGAGGCCAAGACCACGACGCCUGAACCCAGCACCACCACAACGCCCAGGCCCACCACCACCACCACCACCACUACCACCACCACCGCGGCUCCCACCACCACCACCACACCUCCACCAUCAUCCACCACCACCAAGGGCCGAGCUGCUGUUCGAGCUGGCAGCAGCCACCCGUACCUCGCCUCUCUGGCGGCUGCAAGUUCAAGACUUUCACAGACGGGUCAAGGACGGAGUCCCAGCCAAGUAUUCAGAGGACCUUCCUAUUCCAGUAGAUUCCCACAGCGUACCAGUGCAGGUAAAGCAAGCUUCAGUCCGUCACUCGCUUUGUCCAUGUUUGCUUUGCCUUCCUUUAUGCUAAGCUCAAAACUCUGCGUGUGUGUGUGUGUGUGUGUGUGUGAUCUGUCAGCUGCUUUAAUAAACCACCUUGAGCACAAUACAGAGUUGGCUCAUUCUGGACUCGGGAACCAGAACGCUCCGGAAUGGCCAAGCAUCUGUUUUGCGGAUGUUAAAACAAAUCAUGAUGAUCUAAUAGCUUUAAUUUUAUUCCUCGUUCUCCAAUUUUUGCCCCCAGGUGUUCGCAGGCCCGAGACAGGGGCGACUCGAAGGCAGCCGUCCUCUCCAGCUGUCCCAGCUUUUAACAGGGUUCAUCCGGCCUCGCCCGAGCGGACUCCAACCAUGAGCCAGUCCAGCCCUGCGUUUCCCAGAGGGGACUGGCUGCGCUUUGCUCAUCCUGAUUGGUUCCCCGGCGCCAGACGGACGUCAGAUGUUGGCUAUGCAGCUCCAGACUCAGGCUACACAUGGAGCGAGACAGACACACCUGAGACUGCAGCUCGGGAUCACAGGCCUGAUCUGUCAGAGUAUGAGCGCUGGUUUUAUAACUAUGGACCAUACCCGCCGCGGCCCAGUGACUCUGAUGCCAACCGCAAAGUGCAAGUGGAUUCAGUCCAUACUAGAGUGGAGCCAGUUGAUGCCUGGAAGCCAGACGUAAACCUCUAUGAGUCAGGCUUCAGCCUCAGGGAGCAAGAACCUGCACCCAGAGCCCCAGAGCCUGUUUCCCAGGGAGACCCAAACUGCAAGGUGGACCUGGCGUUCCUAAUGGACGGCAGCUGGAGCAUCGGGAAGCGGCGCUUCAAGAUCCAGAAGGACUUCCUAGCUGAGGUGGCGCAGGCCAUUAACGUGGGUGUGGCUGGGCCCAUGAUGGGCAUCAUACAAUACGGGGAUGACCCUGUGACAGAGAUCAACCUGAAGUCCCACUCCAGCUCCAGGGAGAUAAAGGCAGCCAUCGAUAAGAUUGUGCAGAAGGGAGGCCUCUCCAAUGUGGGAAAGGCCCUCUCCUACAUCAACAAACAGUACUUCAGCGACGCCAACGGGAACCGCGGGGGGGCUCCGAACGUGGCCGUGGUGCUGGUGGACGGCUGGCCCACGGACAAGGUGGAGGAGGCGUCGCGGCUCGCUCGGGAGUCCGGCAUCAACAUCUUCUUCGUCACCAUCGAGGGCCCCGACGACAACGAGAAGCACAACUUGGUCGAGGCCCACUUUGUUGACAAGGCUGUGUGCAGGACCAACGGCUUCUUCUCCCUGCCCGUGGCCAGCUGGUUCGCCCUGAGGAAGGCCGUGCAGCCGCUGGUGAAGAGGCUGUGCGACACGGACCGCCUGGUGUGCAGCAAGACCUGCCUCAACGCCAACGACAUCGCCUUCGUCAUCGACGGCUCCAGCAGCGUGGGCACCGGCAACUUCCGCACCGUGCUGCAGUUCGUGGCCAACGUCACGCGCGAGUUCGAGAUCUCCGACACGGACACGCGCGUGGGCGCCGUGCAGUACACCUACGAGCAGAGGCUGGAGUUCGCCUUCGGCCAGUACGACAGCAAGGCCGAGCUGCUGAACGCCAUCAAGCGCGUCAACUACUGGAGCGGCGGGACCAGCACCGGCGCCGCCAUCACCUACGCCGCGGAGCAGCUCUUCAGCAAGUCCAAACCCAACAAACGCAAAAUCAUGAUCGUCAUCACGGACGGGCGCUCCUACGAUGACGUCAGAGCCCCCGCCCUGGCGGUGCAUCGCCAAGGUGUGAUCGCCUACUCCAUCGGCAUCGCCUGGGCGGCCCAGGACGAGCUGGAGUACAUCGCCACAGACCCGGACAAGGAGCACUCCUUCUUCGUGGACGAGUUCGACAACCUUUACAAAUUUGUGCCCAAGAUCAUUCACAACAUCUGCCAGGAGUUCAACUCGCAGCCCAGAAACUGAGCGACGGGUGGGGGGGGGGGUCGAUCCUGGGCCGUCUUUAAGCAACACUGACAGUAGAUUUACUCUGUUUCCCAGAUGGUGGUGCUGAAUUGAGCAGGGAGGGGGUUUGACUUUAGGUGAGGAUUGGAGAUUUGAAUAAAACAAAAAAAGCAAAAGCGUUCUAAAUGAGUGAUUGGUGCUAAUGACAAAAAGGGUUGAUGUGCAGUGUUGACAUCUGACGCUGAGGUUCCAGUUCUACUUUGUUUGUGCCAUAAGGAGAACAGAUUGUUAAUAAUUCUUUACAAUGUCUGUACCACUUCCUAUUAAGGGAUGGUUUUAUAAGUUGUACCUAAGAGUUUAGGUCAUUUUAAUGAACAAGCCAUAGUUUGAACCUUUGGGUUGCCACACUGCAGAAUUCCUGUAGAGUUACAGCCAUGAGACUUCUGCUUUUUAUAGUUUUAGUCAAUCCAAGCCUCAGAUUCACCGUUGAGCUCAGGGAAAAGAGCUGCAGAGCACAAUCUAACAACUGUUAGAUGGUGUAUAACAAAUGCAAACUGGGAAACCUGGAGGUAAUUGUAAACAAUACAACUCUUAGACAGAACUUAUAGAACCUUUCGAAGAAAUGGUAUUAAACAACCUCACGUGGUACCGAUGUAUUUAAAGCAUGCUUAGCACUUCCUCUUCUGGCUUAAUACAGUACAUUUCAUAAACCUAAUAAUAUGAUGCUUUUUCAUACAAUUCUCCGUAGAGAAGAAAUCCUGGUGCUUUGUGAUCUUCCUCAUAGGAGAGAUUUGUUAGUGGGGACCUUGUUAAAGGUCCUCGGAGACUAUGGUGCUGUGCAAAAUGCAAAAGAUGAAACAAGGCAGUGGACUUCGACGACAACACACACACUUGGAUGUGUUUGUUCAGAGCGAUGGCCAAGGAUGGAAGCGAUUCAUUUCAUCACUCCUGUCUUCAAAUUAUGUGGUUGCUUCAGACGAUGCAGGCAUUUCUCACUUUUGUUUGAAGAGUAUUUAUGAUUUUCUCCCUCCUAUGCUGCUUGUACAUAUGCGUAUUAAAGGUUUAGUGCUACUAAUAUUCAGGUAAUUGAUCAGAAUUUUUAACCAUUUUUAAUAAAAUAAAGAAAAUUAAAAGAA